AUGUUUUUUUCUAGAAAAUAUCAACACACUAGCAAUGUGAAUAACCCCUCGAUAAUUUCAAUUUUAGAGGUAUCAGCUGCAUCCACGGCAGCCAAUUUACUUUUCGAAGGGAAAGUAAUAGCAAUACCUACAGAUACAAUUUAUGGUAUUGCUGCUUCUACUCAAAACAAUUAUGGACUAAAAAAAUUAUAUGAAAUAAAAAAAAGAGAUUUAAACAAACCCCUGUCUAUUUGUGUCAGCGACACAUCAGAAAUAAAAUUAUGGGGAGAAACAUCUCAUUUAAAUGAGAGAUUACUGGAAGAUUUGUUACCAGGACCUGUAACAAUUGUUUUAAAAAGAAAAGGCCUUUUAAAUUCAUUUGUAAAUCCAAACACAGAUUUAAUAGGUAUCAGAAUACCAAAUACUAAUUUUGUUCAGGCUUUAAGUAGAUUAUGUACAGUUCCAAUAGCUUUAACCAGUGCUAAUAUAAGCUUUGAACAAAGUCCAAUAGAAAUAAAUGAUUUUAUUCAUCUAUGGCCAAAACUUGAUGCUAUUUUUGAUGGAGGUGUUAUCAGUAACUCACCAUUACAAAGAGCUGGUUCUACUGUUGUGGAUUUAAGUGAACCUGGACAUUAUAAUAUUAUUCGUGAAGGAAAUAGGAAUAUUUUAAACUUUUUAUUACUUACGGAUGCAAAGUUGUAUUGUGUACGCGUAGUAAGACCACCCAAUUACCGCACUGAGGAAAAGAACUGGUAA